GCGCGGGCAGGCGGGUGGGUAUAUAAGAGACGGGCGGCGCCUCUCCGGCCGCCAUUCAUCCCGUCCCGACCGCGUCGCGUCCAUUUUUAUUCUCUUCAGUAUCUCUCUCUCUUAUUUUUCUCGGCGGCAGCGGCAGAGCAACUGGUCAUCGUAUGUCAACUAAGCUGAGACUGACUGACCCCUAUGCUGAUGCAACUAAGGGUGACGUACUCCUCCCUUCUGGGACAGAGGAUUACAUACACAUAAGAAUUCAGCAGAGAAACGGCAGGAAGACUCUGACUACAGUCCAGGGAAUUGCCAACGACUAUGACAAAAAGAAACUAGUCAAAGCUUUCAAAAAGAAAUUCGCCUGCAAUGGUACUGUGAUCGAACACCCUGAAUACGGCGAGGUGAUCCAGCUGCAGGGAGACCAGCGCAAGAACAUCUACACCUUCCUGGUGGAGGUUGGCAUUGUUAAGGAAGAGCAACUGAAGGUCCAUGGGUUCUAAUCGACUAAGAUCUCUCCCAACUUUGUAAUGCUGAUUUGCUAGAUAAUGAUACUCUCUGACUUAUGGACAAUACUCUUUGAUCGAUGGAAGCCAUUGGACAUCAGGCUAGCGGUCUACAAAUCACCCGUGCUAGCACCUGCAGGAGCAUGAUCUUAAGAUACAAUAGGAUUUUCUUCCCAGUUAAUUUUUAACGUGUUUUUUUUUUGUUAUGUCUGUGCUUCCUUACAAAGGCACUUUGUUAGAACUGUUUUCUUUGUACUGAUAGUACCUCUUUUGUAUUUUGUAUAAUGUAUAAUAAAACCUGCUUCAGAAACUUGC